AUGACUUCUACUGAGAAAACCGUCGUUAUUACCGGAGCCACUGGCCAGCUCGGCCGUCAAUGCGUCAAGGCUUUCGAGGCCGACGGUUGGAACGUUGUUGGAACCGGGUUUUCGCGUGCAAAGCCGCCAACUAUCAGAAAGGUCGACUUGGGGAAUGCCGAGGAGGUUGUGGAAUUGCUGAAUGAUGUCAAGCCUAAAGUUGUCGUCCACUGUGCCGCCGAACGCUUCCCUGAUAAGUGCUCUGCCGACCCCGAGGGUGUGAAACGUCUCAAUGUCCAAGCCUCUAGCAGUCUUGCACAAGAAUGCCACAGCCGUGGCACCCUCUUGAUCUACAUCUCUACCGACUACGUCUUCGACGGCAAACAGGGCGCUGCUCCCUACGAGGCCGAUGCCCCCGUUAACCCGCCGAACUUCUACGGUGAGACCAAGUAUGCGGGUGAGCAGGCGGUGUUGGAAAACGCAAAGGAUUUGGGGGUUGUUAUGAGAGUGCCAGUCCUCUACGGAGAAGUUGAGAAGAAUGCCGAGAGUGCGGUGAACGUCCUGCUGGAUACGGUGUGGAACAAGGAGGGCAAGGAGAAGAUUGAGAUGGACCACUGGAGUAUCAGAUACCCAACGAACACGUCGGAUGUUGCGAGAGUUUUGAAGGACGUUGCGAACAAAUACACUACCGAAGACCCUGCUUCUCUACCCAGAAUCCUCCAAUUCAGCUCCGAGGACCGGAUGACCAAGUAUGAGAUUUGUCAGCUGCUGGCUGAGAUCAAUGGUCUUCCCUUGGAACACAUGGUCGGAAACGACUCGAACGACCCAAAUGCAUCGGUUGUGAGACCGUAUGAUUGCCACCUCUCAACAAAGGCAUUGAAGGAUAUUGGAAUUCCGGUGCACACGGUUUCUCUCGCGGAUUGGUGGAAAAGGGAGCUCCGCGCUUUCAGGAAGUAG